AUGUCUCAAUCGCCGAUUCGUCUUGUCCUUUUCUACUUGUCAUGGUUCGCGGUGGCCGCUAAAGCGUCCAUGACGCUCGAGCGUCGAGCCAUUCGCCGUCAACAAUCAGACUCCUCGCACUUCUGCAGCGUGAAAACUUGCGGCGCAGCGGGUGCGGAUACUUGUGAUCAGCAGCUAAAUACCAGAGUUCUCGGUGCGCCUGAUCGAGGAAGUCAACCCGGCCCAGGCCGGUGGGCCGACCCUACAAAUUACGGCGGCAAUGUUGACAGCUUCUUCCGCGGCGAGGUGGCCAAGCUUCAGUGGUCCCAACAGGACAUCGUCUCUAUCAAUGGAGCGGAUGUAACUUCAAAAUACAUACCGUUCAAGAAUGAGCCAAAAUCGCUGGCAGCGCUAGGCUUCUGCGGUUGUGUUGGUGUUAUUGUUAUGUCGAGGUCAGCCGUCUGGAUGGCGCACAUCACCGAGGAACCCGUGCUCACCAAUGAGGCGACAUUUAAGAGGAAUGGUCUCGAUGUACUUGAAAAUGGAUCUGGAACGGACGACAUGUACUACGGCUUGGCAGAUCUGAAGGACAAUGUUUUCGCCGCGAAUCAGGAUCCUGUCAUUGUCGUUUUCGCCCCUAAAGACGAAUCUGGGGAGUUCAAGUACCGAAAUCUUAUGGCACAGGUUGAUGAUCUAGUGGAAAACUUGAUUCCAGUGCGAUCCAAAUGGAUUGGAUAUACUCCGAUGACUGGAGGCAUGGAGAAAUACGACACCCGCUGCACUACUUCCAAUGGCAAGCUUCUCGUACAAUACCAACCGUCUCAUAGCAGAUUGUUCGGCAAGUCAGAUGCAAAAGCCAGAAUUUGGGUGGAGGGAAGCCGAUGGACAUAUGAGUCCGCAUGGAAGCCACAGAGCGAUCAGAAAGCCAGCUCGUAG